GCCCCUUAACCGCCUCCUCACCUUGACCCGUCAGUGAGGGAGAUACAGUCCAGGCAGUUCGGUGCCUGUUCGUUGUUUAGUAGUACUCAAAACUGCCAGUGUGGGAGGAUUUGGAAAUCACGGGAUCUGCUCAAUACAAAAAUGUUUUUCCGAGUCUUUCUCCAUUUUAUCAGUGGUCUUUCUACCACUGCAGUGGAUUUCCUUCCUGUGAUGGUGCACCGGCUCCCAGUUUUCAAAAGGCACAUGGGAAAUACUCAUCAGAAAAAAGCCAUCUUUGGGCAGUGUUGGGGUCUGCCUUCUGUUGCACCGCUACUGACCACAGUGGAAGAGGCUCCACGGGGCAUCUCUGCUCGAGUCUGGGGACAUUUUCCUAAGUGGCUUAAUGGCUGUCUGCUUCGAAUUGGACCUGGGAAAUUCGAAUUUGGGAAGGAUAAAUACAAUCAUUGGUUUGAUGGGAUGGCACUGCUUCACCAGUUCAGGAUGGCAGAGGGCACAGUGACAUACAGGAGCAAGUUUCUACAGAGCGAUACAUAUAAGGCUAAUAGUGCUCAAAACCGAAUUGUAAUCUCAGAAUUUGGCACACUGGCUCUCCCAGAUCCCUGCAAGAGUGUUUUUGAACGUUUCCUGUCCAGGUUUGAGCCGCCAGCCAUGACUGACAACACUAAUGUCAACUAUGUGCAGUACAAGGGUGAUUACUACCUCUCCACUGAGACCAACUUUAUGAAUAAAGUGGACAUUGAAACUCUGGAGAAAACAGAAAAGGUAGAUUGGAGCAAAUUUAUUGCUGUGAAUGGAGCAACUGCACAUCCUCACUAUGACCCGGAUGGAACAGCAUACAAUAUGGGGAACUCCUUUGGGCCAUAUGGUUUCUCCUAUAAGGUUAUUCGGGUUCCUGCAGAGAAGGUGGACACUGGGGAGACAAUCCAUGGAGCCCGGGUGAUAUGUUCCAUUGCUUCUGCAGAGAGGGGGACACCUUCUUACUACCAUAGCUUUGGCAUGACAAGGAACUAUAUAAUCUUCAUUGAACAGCCUUUAAAGAUGAAUCUGUGGAAAAUUGCCACUUCUAAAAUUCGGGGAAAGGCCUUUUCAGAUGGGAUAAGCUGGGAACCCCAGUGUAAUACACAGUUUCAUGUGGUGGAUAAACACACUGGACAGCUUCUUCCAGGGAGAUACUACAGCAUACCUUUUGUUACAUUUCAUCAAAUCAAUGCCUUUGAGGACCAGGGCUGUGUUGUAAUUGAUAUGUGCUGUCAAGAUAAUGGAAGAACCCUAGAUGUUUACCAGUUACAGAAUCUCAGGAAGACUGGGGAAGGGCUUGAUCAGGUCUAUAAUUCAGCAGUCAGAUCUUUCCCUCGAAGGUUUGUUUUGCCUUUAAACGUCAGUUUGAAUGCCCCCAAGGGAGACAACCUGAGUCCAUUGUCCUAUACUUCAGCCAGUGCUGUGAAACAGGCUGAUGGAAAGAUCUGGUGCUCUCAUGAAAAUCUAUAUCAGGAGGACCUAGACAAGGAAGGAGGCAUUGAAUUACCUCAGAUCAACUAUGCCCAAUUCAAUGGCAAAAAGUAUCGUUUCUUCUAUGGCUGUGGCUUUCGGCAUUUGCUGGGGGAUUCUCUGAUCAAGGUUGAUGUGGUGAAUAAGACACUGAAGGUUUGGAGAGAAGAUGGCUUUUAUCCCUCAGAACCUAUUUUUGUUCCAGUUCCAGGAACCAGUGAAGAAGAUGGUGGGGUUGUUCUUUCUGUGGUGAUCACUCCCAACCAGAAUGAAAGCAAUUUUCUCCUAGUUUUGGAUGCCAAGAACUUUGAAGAGCUGGGCCGAGCAGAGGUACCUGUGCAGAUGCCUUAUGGGUUCCAUGGUACCUUCAUACCCACCUAAUUGGACAACCACAAGGUCUGGAAACUAGGUUUAAAUCUGCCUAUUACCAUUGGUCGUAAGGUACUCGGAAGACAGGAAGCUGGCUGUAUCUUGCUCGGAGGUUUCUUCUGACCGGUUCUUCUUCUGCCAUCCGCAGAUGCUACUGCAGUAGCCUGGCCCUCUUAUGUGCCACCCACUACCUGCCCCUCCCCCGCUGUCAGCUCUGCUUUGGGAGAUUAUUUUGAGGAACAUCACUAAAAUCAGACAUUGCUUCUAAUCUGUAGGUGUAUAGUUCUACAGGGAUUGAUGACAAGCCAGUCGUUCUUCAUUUAACUGGGCAACAGGUGGCACUAGAGACCAUAUAAUCUCCACAUUUCUAAACCCUGCCUGUUCUUACCAACAGCUGUAAGCAGGCCCGGUCUGUUACUUAAACCACACUCUUGCCAACACCCCAAAAAUCCCUUGUUUCCUUCUCCUUCAGUUACACUCACUUCCCUCCACUGAACUCCAUUCCAGGACCAAACUGUUUAUGCUCCUUCUGCAUGGUGAAUGUGCUAGAGAAGACCCCCCACAUAUAAUAUGGGGCACCUGUGAACUCAUGGUUAGGCUCUCUGCACCGUCCUGGACUGACAGAGUUUCCUGUGUAACUUUCCUUAAGCGUCACUUCAGACUUCACAGACCCUCUCUUCUUAGUGAUGUGUUCCAUACAUGCAAAUGCCACGUGUGGGGCUUUGCACUGUGGCAAUGAAGUAAAAGGGCUGAGUUCCAUGUCUGGCUUUGUGAGAUGGAGAACACAGCAGCAUGUUUAGGAUGGCAAGAAGAUGCCUAAACAGAACUAAUACAGCAGAUGCAGGAGCAAAGAGCCUCAGGUAACCAUGAGAGUGUAAGUCCUCAAGUGUUUCCUUUCACACAAGUCCCUGAAAAGGCAUUCAUUGUACUUCCUCAGACAAAACAUGGAGAUUUGACUGGUCUUAUGAGAUCUGAAGGGUGAGGGAGACUGGAUGACCUCUGGGGAGUCCAUAGAUCUGUCACAUCUUUCCUCUGUUUAUAAAUCUCUAUCUUAAUACACAGGGAAUGAAGUUCAGACAUAUGAAGGAUAGCAUUAUAAUCGUAACGUUUUGAUGUAAGGAUACCUGAAUUCUGCCUUGGCUCUGCUCUUUUAAGUUUCUUGAAGGAGAAAACAAAAAAAAGGAUCAAUGGCAUGUUAUAAUCUAGGUACAUUUGCCUGGUAAUCCAAGGGAGAAAGUUCUGGUAAAAUUGAGUGAGCAUAUGACCAAGGCCCAAAGCAUAGGCUAGGCCUCUUCCUCUCCCUAAGUCCCACACUUAACACUAGCCAGUGUCUGAGGUUUCAAGGAAGGGGAGCAAGUGGUGCACAACUGAGGGGAAAAGGAAGAGGCAAAUGGGCAGGUUGGGUCCUCCACAGGAGGGAAGCAGUAGAAAGAAAUAUGAACCAGGCACCUAGGCCUCCGUGGUGCAGGGGGAGUAGGAGAGAGCUUUGCCUCGGGUUUUGUUUUAUUUUUCCUCUGAGCAUAGCUCCAGAGAGUAAGCUACACCAUGUGUGGUAUUUUAACACAUUGUAGGCCUGCCUGUGAGUAACUAAGACCCAACCAGUGCCUGGAAAUGUGAUUCAAGCAGAUGAAAAUUCCCUUCCUGUGGGGAGCCAGGAAGGAGAUAAGGGGUUGAAGUCUCCUUUAUACUUAAAUGACAUUCAAGAACUUUCAAUAAUUUGGUCCCCAAUUAAUGUUUCCAAUCUUACCUCUCACUAUGUUCCCACCGUAACCAAGAACUUGUCGAUAUGCACUAAACAAGCUGUACUCCUACGCAUUUCCUCCGCUUACAUUAUUGUCUCUUCCUAGAAUUCCCUUAUCUACUUGGUGAAUCUUAAAAUCCAGCUCAAAAGUUAUCCUUCUUUGAAGCCUUCUUUUACUUCCUGAGGGAGAGUUUGUUGUUUUUCUUGCUUAGUUCGUCAGGAUUUCUGUGUUUAGCUCCCUCACUAACCUGAACUGUAUGAGGAUGGCGACCAUGUGUUUGUUACACUGUGCCCUUGGCACUUAGCCGUGCACUUGGUACUCAGUAGAUGCUAAUUGAACACUUUUUUUUUGGUUACUUAUUGAGUGAAUGAGGACUGGAAGGUGAUGGAUAUGGGGCCUGCCUUGCCAGUGUACGUCCAUUGGAGUAGCUUAUGGUAUCUUUUACUAGAAGUUAGCCUUCUGAGACAAGGCAGUCAAACGCAAGCCAGUAACUGUUGCAAGAGUGAAGUGGGAACUACACCUACAUGGCUGUUGAUCUCAAAGCACUGAAAGCUAAGUUAAGAGGAAUGUUAUCUGCUUAUUGGUUCGUGUGUGAGUCUGCUAGGGCCGUCAUAACAAAGUACCACAGAGGUCCUAACAGAAAUGAAUUGUCUUACAAUUCUGGAGGCUAAAUCAAGGUUAGUUUGUCCCUUCUGAGGGCUCUGAAGAAAGAUCUGUUCCAAUCCCCUCUUCUGGGCUUGGAGAUGGUGUUGUCUCUGUGUCAUCGCAUCGUCUUCCCUCUGUACGUGUCAGUCUCUGAGUCCAAGUUUCCCCUUUCUACAAGGACAUCAGUCAUGUUGGAUUACAGCCCAUCUCAACACAUGUGCGACAAUCCUAUUUCCAAGUAGGUUAAACUUCGACUCUGCAAAUGCAGUGAAAUAUUUUACUAAAACAAACCAGUAUUAUUAAUAAAAAUAAUUUUACAGAA